CUGUUGCUUUUGGCAGAAGCCGAAAGUUAGAACUGACUGAGAAAGCGAAGAGGAAAUAAGUUAAACUGGAAGGCCUCUGAUAUUACCUUGCAGUUUAUAGUUUAUUGUGUUCGCUUUGAUUAUUUGCUGGGAAACGUUAAUUUCUAACGCGUCCAUAUAUUCAUAAACACACCAUGUUAUGUUUAGUACUAAUGGUAGCAUAACCGUAACGGCGGAGAGCGAUAGCCAGGCUAGCUAUAUAUUAACGUUACAACAACGUCAGUACGGUGGAUUCCUUUUUUUGGAUAUGAAAUUAUUGCGAUAAGUAGGAUUUCGUUUACAUAAGUUAGCUACAUCCGUUCUACAGCUGCGGUAUGUGAGUCUGUUGCUACCAGAAACAUGGACCCAGACACCGAAGUUGAAAGCAUCUUUAGACAGGAGAAUGAGGAGGAAGAUGAGGAGGAGAAGAAACAGUGGAAGAGGCCCCCCUCCAGCUAUGGUUCAAUGAAGAGUGAAAGUGAUGUGAUGGAGGAUGAUAAGGAAAGUGAAGAAGAGGUUGCAGAUGCUUUCCCUCCCCCGUUCCCUGUGCAACUACCUGAAUUGACUACUCAUGAAGCGACAGGGUUGCAGAUGAAUCGCUCAGAGUCUCCAGAGACCCUCUACACCAUGACCACGCAGCAGACCAGACCACCGGGAGCUGUUGUCAUUGACACCAGGUCUUCUGAUUUGGGGGAUUUUUCAGAAGUCGAUGAAGAGGAUCCAGAUGAAGUUUUGGUGGCUGAUUCCCCAGAGCCACCUGAGCCUGUUGAACCAGAUGAUGAGACUGACGGGAACAGCCAGCCAGGCGAACUACACCCAGAGCAGGACCUGCCCCAUUUAUUCAAGAGUAUCCAGAAUACUUUGACAAGCCUCAACAGGGAAGAGCUAUUGAAAUUUAAGAUGUGGUUUUACCAGUGGGAAACAAAAAUAACCCUGAAACAGAUGAAUGAGGGAGACCUUCUUGAUUUUGUGGACAGGAUCCUGGAGACACUUGGCCAGGAUCGUUCCCUGUUGCAUACAAUAAGUACACUAGAAAAUGUCAACAAGAAACCAGAGGCAGACGAACUACGGAAUAAGUGCCGGAGAGCUUUGGUCCGUUUUCACCUGAAACAGUAUUUGAUCGGUAAACACCAAGUCAUCCGUGAGGGGAUCGUUCAAGCCGGAAAGCAGAAUCUUCUAGAUAACAUCUACGUUCAGCCCAAUAUUUCCACCUGUGGUUAUGGAGGAAUUGACCCCUUCCAUGAGCUCCUAUCCUCCCCUCCGUCUCCUGUUCAGGUCCCCAGUGCCGACACCUUUGUGGGCGUGAACAACCUGUUCCGACUACAGAAGGAAGAUGGCAAGCCGGUGAGGACGGUGCUGACCACUGGGAUUCCAGGAAUUGGCAUGUCUGUCUCUGUGGGGAAAUUCUGCCUGGAUUGGGCAGAACUGCGCGCCAAUAAGGAUCUGCAGUUUGUCAUCAAGCUCUCAUUCCGAACUUUCAUGUACCUGCGGAACAAAAAACCUCUCUCAGAGAAGAUGUCCAUCAUGGAAGUGAUAGAAUAUUUUUAUCCUGACUGCAAAGACAUGAAAUACCUGGAGGAAGAGGACUGCAAAUUCCUCAUCAUAAUGGACUCACUUGAUUGUUACCUAGCUCCUCUGGACUGGGAGAAUGCUCCAGUGAUAAAUGACAAUCACACCAAGGCAGAGCCUGACGUCUUGAUUGUGAAUAUCAUCCGAGGUACUGUGCUUCGUGGUGCCCACGUCUGGAUCCUGGGGAGACGAGCGGCUGUCUCAGAGAUACCGUCGCGAUUCAUAGACGUUGUCACAGAAAUACAGGGCUUCAGUGAUGAGAUGAAAGAUGAAUUCCUGACCAUGCGCUUUUGCAACGCAGAGCGAGCAGCCCAGAUCGUGGCACAUUACAAACGCCAACCGACACUCUCUAUGCUCGCUCGACAACCCUUUGUAUGCUGGAUGGUGGCCACAGUGUUCGAGCGCUGCUUCCGUUAUCGGGGCUAUGGGGUGCACCCCCCCAGGCUGACGCCGUUCUUCGUCAGCAUUAUGACUGUCCAGACCAAUCGCAGGCUGCAGUUCUACUAUGAUAUGCCGGACAAUGACCUGAAAUGGUCCAGUGACGACAAGCAAUUCCUGACGAGGCUGGGUAAGAUGGCCUUCAAGAUGCUGGAGAGGAAUACCAGUGUGUUCUUUGAAGAGGACGUGAAGGAGUGCAGUCUGAAGUUGAAGGAAGUGGCGGUGUAUUCCGGCAUGUGCACUGAGCUCCCCGCUGCGGCCCCGGAUGGGAGGACGAGGUUCUGCUUUGUACACUACAGCUUACAGGAGUUCAUGGCCGCUCUCUACGUCUUCACGAUGUUUCGCACAGAGUCCAAGAACGUUCUAGACUGUGCGUUGUUGCAGAAGCCCAAGCUCUUUACAUUCAAGGAUCAGACCAAAUCAGCAGUAGGCCUGGUCCAGUGUGCCCUGGUGCGAACCCUCGGCUCCCCGCAGGGCCACUACGACAUGUUCCUGCGCUUGCUGUGUGGCUUGCUUAACCCGGACUGCCACGGAAGUCAGCUGCGUGGGUGUCUCUACCCCCACAACGCGCCAAAGGUGGGUGGACUGGAUGAGGUGCAGCGGCUGCUGGAGCAGACGAUACAGACUGCUGAAAAAGAAAACAAUAGAGGCCGGGUGGAAAACUUAAAGGAGUGCCUUAGAGAAAUGACCCAGGAAGAUGAGUGAGUUGGGGUUAGAUUGCAUCACUUUAUAUGGCUAUGAUGGAUAAAAGAGACGAGGAUGCUCUGUUAUAUGUCUUCAUAGAAUUCACUAGUGAUCAAAGUAUGAUGCUUAAAACACUGAAAACACAACAGAACUCAAAGUGACCUGUUUAAAUCUUUGUUAUUUUAGCUUUGAUAACAUUACAUUUCUUACCAUAGGCGUUAGUUGAGUCUGUGUCAGUAAUGUGCACAAGACAAAAAUUGUUUUUUUUUUUUAUGCAUUCCGGUACAGUGGCGUUUAUGCGAUACUACAUUAUGCCUGUCAUGUCUUACAUUGAGCACAAAGGCUGCGAUAUGAGGAAAAUAUGCGAUAACGUUAACAUAUAACAAUGUUAUGACUUGCGACUUACUUGCAUUAAAGUAUACUCAGUUCUGC